GCGGCAGUACUCCUCGAGAAGCAAGCGGGCAGUUGGAGCCUUGGAGGGGAUGGAACGCUUCCGGUUCAGGUCACCUCCCCUCUCGCUCAAGCUGGCCUUCGCCGCCGUCUCCUUCGCCGCCGUCUCCUGCUCCUCCUCCUCCCCCCUCCCUUCCUCGGACGCCUCCUCCUCUCCGCGGCCGUCUCCCCGGGCCGUAGCCGCCGACCUCCUCGCCGUCCUCGCCGGCCCGCGCGCCGCGGCGCGGGUGCCGGCCGGCGAGGCCUCUCGCCUGAACUCCUGCCUCCGGUUCCUCUCCCCGGUAAAUCCUGCCGCCACAUCUGCGGCAUACCCAUGGAGGGGCUCCCGAAAGGUCCUACUGGAAGGCUGCGAUGCUGCCGAGGCGGAUGCGAUGGUGAUGUGGCCGCCGGCGCCGGUCUUGGAGCUGGCGCGCAUCGCCGUCGACUCCGGAGGCGACCCCGGGGCCAUCCACCGCUUGCUCGACCCCACCAUCCUUCCGGUGCCUGAUGUCGAGGGAACGAAGAAGAGCAAAUGCCACCUCACAAGAACACCGUAUGGAAGACGCUUUGCUGACGAGGACAUCAAUUCAUACUUUGCAUUUUUGUUUGAAUUGAUUGCUGCGCGAGGACCAUCAGUUGGAUUAAAUGUAUCGCUGAAUCGGUAUGAUUUGUUCCAUGGGCAUCUUUUCCUGGCAUCUGGUACAGGAAGACUUGGGAUUCUAUUCCAUGCGAAAGAAUAUCCAGCAUUCGACAAGAAAUCAUUCCCUUACAAUUUGGGAUAUUGCCAGGCUGAAUCUGAUGUACCGUAUGAUGAUUCCAUGAAUUUACGUAAUAUCCUUUGGUUAGCUCCAUUGCCGUCCAGCGAGACGAAAGCUUGGGCAGCACCAGGAGUGUUAGUCGUCUUGGAUGCACAUCCAGAUGGAAUUAUUUAUCAAGAUCUGAUACGCGACUAUGUUCAGAUUGUGCGAACAAUAUACGAAGAUGAUUUUGGAAAGCAUGCCGUUGAUGUCAACUAUCUGAAUGUUGCCAACGCAGCAGCUCCAGCGGAUAGAAUUUUCAUUUGCUGACAUGUUUUCUCCACCGUGUGGUCAAACACCAGUACCAAUUCUUACAGGAUGUAAUCAAGGUCUGCAGUGAUUUGCGAGCAAGUCUCCUGUAUAGUUCCAAGUGUUUAUUUCUGAGACGGUUUCAGAUGUUUAUUUGAUUGAGGGCGUGUUUGGGACCGCUCUGUUCCAUCAAAA